ACAAGUGACGGUCUUUCAUUUGAAAUUCAAACUUUUUUUUUUUUUGUGAGAUCAGGUCGCUCGAAGAAAAAAAAGCAGCCCGGAAAGACAGAAGUAAAAAAAGACCGUUUUUGUACCGCUUGACAGACAGAGGUUGAACCAUGGGCAAACAAUCUUUUAAACGUAAUCCCAAUACGUCCGUGGUGACAACGUCCGAAACGGCGGCGGCUACCGCUGGUAUCUUGUUCUCGGCAUUUGACGACGGUGUCUCGGCUGAUCAGUUUGCUAUCGUAACUCAUGGCGUUGAUCGCCAACGAUUACGAAUUUUUAACGUUCGCAGCGGCACAGUUAAUAACGAUUACGCAUCAGAGAACAAGGAAAAGUUUACUUCGUUGACAUGGGGUCGCAUUGUCCAUAGUGAUCUGAUUCAGAAUGCCACCGCGAAAAGCAACAAAAAGGCCAAAAAACCAACAUCAAAGACCAUUCGUGUGAUUGCUCUUGGCACCCAAAGUGGCAAUAUUCUUUUCUUCUCCCUUGCUCACGGCGACAUUGUCCAUUCAUUAACGGGAUCACAUACCAUGCCUGUCACUGAUUUUGUUUUCAACCAAGACGGCACCAGAGGAUACUCGGUAUCACACGACAACUAUAUUGUGGAAUGGAAUCUUGAAGACGGAACAGAGAUCACCAAAUGGAAGACUGAAGUUAAAAAUGCCCGCAAACUCAAAUUAAGUCAUGAUGAAACCAAAUUAGCCAUCGCCAGUCAUCGAAUUCACCUCUACGACGUCAAGACCCGAGAAGUGAUCAAGCAAUACACAGGCCAUGCAAGCUAUGUAAGCCAUUUGGCUUUCUCGCCCAAGGAUGAUAUUUUGGUCUCAAGCGCUGAGGACGAUCGAUACAUGAAUGUUUGGGACAGUCAAACUGACAACCAGAACACGAACAAUUUAUCGUCAUUAACCAUUGAAAGCAAUGUUGCACACAUCGCUUUCUCAUCCACCGAGUCGGCCGUACUGGCAGUGUCAGAAGACGGUAUGGUAGCGAUUUGGCAAAAUGCGGGGGGUACUUCUGCUGGAUCGUCGGCUCGUGGCCAUUCUCGACGCAAGAUGAUCCGAUCCUUGACCCGACAACCCGAUUCCUCUGUGAAAAUUGUAUCCGAGGAAGCGGAAGAUGCGGUCAUUCCUAUUCUGUUGGCAGCCUUUAUUCCUGAUAAUAACGGUAAAUCCAUCAUGGUGGCUCGUGGUUCCAGUGUCAAACCCUCUUUCGAGGCAGUGCGUUAUACCAAUGAGGAGACGCACGCUGUGAUGAGUGAAGUUACUCUGACACGACAUUCAGUGACCAACUUUUUGCUCGACGACGCAUCGAUUGCUGCCAAUAACCUGAAACUGUCACGAAAGGCGUACGAUGAAAUGUCGGUGAAUGUGCUUGGUGAAGGCGAUUUUGUGAUUCAAAAGCCAGCUUUGAAAGAAGCCGAGGCGGAAUCGGAGCUUACCAUUGAGCAGAAACUGCAAUCCAUGAAUGUGGAAGAGGAGGAAGAAGAGGAGGAGGAGGAUCAGGAAGUCGAGGUGACGAAACAGCGCGUACAAAAUCCCACACCCGGCGUCCCAUCUGCAGGAUCUUUGCAGCAAGCCCUCGUACAAGCACUACAUUCCAACGAUCGCCAACUGUUGGAAGCAUGCUUGGGACACAAAAAGGAAGUCGUUUACAGCACGGUGCAAAGAUUACCAGCAAAUUAUGUGAUUCCUUUAUUAAAACAACUGAUUGCUCGAUUCGAAGAAAAACCGAUCCGAGCUCCGACCUUAUUGAUGUGGAUUCAAGCGGUGCUGUUAUUACAUACCACCUAUCUAAUGACGGUGCCUGACUUGGUUGGCAAACUUGGCGGCUUCUAUCAAGCAUUAAAUACCCGUUUGACUCUUUUCCCGAAAAUGCAAAAACUGUACGGCCGCUUGGAACUCGUUGACAGUCAGAUCGAAUCACGACGCCGAUUUAUGUUGGCGGAUAAACAGGUGGAGAAGGCCAACCAACCUGUCAAUGUUUACGAUGAAGAAGACUCUGAUGAUGAGGCUGCCCAUGCUGAAACCUCGGCCCUCCAAGAAGAAGACAUGGAAGAAUUAGAAGGCUUCACAGACGAGGAAGAUAUGGAGGACGACGACGAGUCGAUGGAAGAAGGAGAUGACAUUUUUGAAGGGGAGGACGAAGAUGAAGAUGAAGAAGAUGACGAAGACCAGGAGCACGAAGAGUAAAUUUUAUUUUUUUCCCUACAAAAUCUUGACGAUUACCACAUGCAUUCACAAUCAAUAGUGUAUAUUUUAGACUAACCAUUAAAACCGAUCAUCAUAUGGAAGAAACAUGCAAUAAGACAAACU